AUGAUUCUUAGAAGUAGCUCUGCAGUCUCUGUCAUUUUUGUAUCAGUUGGUUUGAUUUCAGCUGCAGAGUCAUCACCAGAAAAUGAUCAAGUACCCGAUCAUGUGAUCACUUUAACAGAUGCCGAUAGUGCUGAAAUAAAGAAAGGAAUAUGGUUCAUCGAAUUUUAUGCACCAUGGUGCGGAUACUGUAAGAGAUUAGCACCAGUAUGGUCAGAGUUAGGUAUCUAUGCUCAUCGUAACAAGUUGAAUGUCAAUAUCGCAAGAAUAAACUGUGAUGAUAACAAGGGAAUAUGUGGUGAGAACGAUGUUCGUGGAUACCCAACCAUCAAACUCUUUGUCAACGGAACAAAAAAAGAGUACAGAAGUGGUAGAACCAAAGAAGCUUUUAUCGGUUAUCUUGAUAAAAUGUUGGGUGGUUACAUCACAAAGGUUGACGAUAAGGAAUCCUUUGAUAAACUAGUUAAAUCCGACCCAUUCAAAGUAUCGUUCAUCUACGUUGCUGAAUCAGCAGAGAAGACACUUUCUGAUCCAUUGUAUGAAUCAUUCAAAGAUACAGCAAUGGAGUUAUUCGAUACAAACAGUCCAAACUUUAUUGAAUUAUCAGAUGUCAAAGCUUUGGAUAUUGUAGUUAAACAACCAUCUGUUGUACUAUAUAAGGAUGAAAGAUAUGUUGUCUUUACCAAACCACUUUCAAAUUUACCAGCAUGGAUGAAAUCACAACAAUUCCCAACACUUUCUCCAAUUACCGAUGCUUCAUUCGGUCCAUUGACUGAGCAAUUCAAAUACUUGGUUAUGUUUGCUCAUGAUAACGUUCCACAUCAAUCAGAGAUCGACUUGAUGAAAAAGAUUGCUAAAGUUCAAAUCUCAGACGAUCCAUCUGAAUUUGGAUACAGUUACAUUGUAGAGAUGAACUAUGGAUCAUGGUUAAAGAAGUUUGCAAUCGAAAGAUAUCCAGCCGUUUUAGUUAUCAGAGAGAGAGGUGACAUCUACUACUAUGACCCAGAAUUGAAGCAACUGGAUGAAAUUCAAGUACCAAAGUUCCUCAAUGAUCUAAAGGCAGGUAAAGUCGAUAUGAAAUACACUGAUGUCGCCAGAUACUACUUCCUAAGAACUGCCGAACUUCUCAGCACCUACGCUUAUCACGUCAUUGGAGUAUUCCUUAUACUCAUUAUCCUCUUGAUUUGGCAAUGCACUAGACCAUCUGAUGAUGCCCCAAUCAGUCCAAACCCACAAUCAUCUAUCAAAGGAGAAAAAGAAAACUAA